CAGGCUGUGACCAUGUGAGGAUUCUUCGUGUGUCUUUUCAUUUCCAAGUCUGUAUUUGACGGGCUGUUACUGCCGUUGGUAGGAUGAAGAUUGUCACAUGGCCCAUUUCCUGUCUCCCUCAGUCUCUGCCACUGUAAGAAGCUCAAACCCAUCACAAUAUCUAUACCUCCAUCUGCAACUGACACUCAUAUACAUUAACCUGCCUGCUGUCUCGUCGGUCGCUGCAUUCAUAUAGGUGCCUCAUCCAGUCAUGACGGGGAAUUCCAACAGCAGCAAGCUAGACAACGCCACCCUGUCCCUGUUUCAGAAUGUAGAAACCAGCAUUGCCAUCUCUGUCAUCUACAUGAUCGUCACUGCCAUUAACCUGGCAGGAAAUGGCCUUUCCAUAUGGAUCCUCCUCUUCCGUACCUCCCCAAAGACUCCGUCCAUCAUGUUCAUGAUUAAUCUCACCUUCACCGACUUGGCCCUUGGCGCUGCCCUGCCCUUUCAGAUCGCCUACCAGCUCCAAGGAUACCAAUGGAAUCUGGGACCCAAGAUGUGCAGUUUCCUGACCCUCAUUUUCUACACCAAUAUGUACUGCUCCAUCCUGACCAUGAUGGCCAUUGGAAUUGACCGCUACUUGGGCAUCGUCAGGCCCAUGCUGUUCAGGCAGAUCAGAAAGAAGAAGUCCAUCGCCGUCAUCAGUUGCCUCUUCAUGUGGGGUUUGGUCCUGAGCGUGCUUUACCCACUGAUGACCACAGACCUGACCUUUUACGUUCCUGAACUCGGGAUAACCACAUGCUUUGACGUGCUGAAGAAAGACAUGCUCCCAUCCAUAUCAGCCUGGGCAGCUUUUCUCUUCACCAUGGUGUUUGUCCUUUUCCUCUUCCCUUUCUGUGUCACAACAUUCUGCUAUGUCAGUGUCAUACGCAAACUGGCCAGAGAUUCCAGUACAGCACAAAAAGCCAGAGCCAUACGUCUGGCCUUCAUUGUUCUCCUAGUCUUCACCCUCUGCUUUGCACCCAACAACAUUCUCCUGUUGACUCACACUGUACUGAGACUCUUCUACGGGAAGUCUCUCUACAUGGCCUAUAAAUUGUCUCUCUGUUUCAGCUGCCUGAAUAGCUGCCUUGAUCCGUUCAUUUACUACUUUGCUUCCAAAGAUUUCAGACAAAAGCUGAGACAGAUAAUGAAUCUACACAGCUCGAGUAGUGCGGACUCAAUGAAGAUGGAGCACAAAGAGAGUUUGUACUCAACACAUUGCGCUUUCGAAGGUCAAGAGAGAGGAAACAGCAAGGUGUAUUUGGUGCCAGGUACAUCACAGCAGAGAGAGAAAGAAUGAGAGAAAAAAAUAACAGGAGUGAGAUGCGAAAAAGGAAGUGAGAGAAAGAUUCAGAGUGUGUAAAGGGUUGCCUCUGUGUGUGCCAAGCUCUUACAGUGUCUGUUUUUGGGUCAAAUGUCAAAAUAAUUUGACUUAGUCUUUUUUUUUACUGCGCACAGAACAGCAACAUGAACAGCAACUGAGCUCUUUUCGCUAAGUCAUUAUUCCUGUAAUACCAUAUAUAUUAUCUUUAAGAGUUAAUAAGCAUUUAUUGUAGUCUAUGUGUAUUCUAAUAUCUGCCUCAAGUUAUUCUUUUAUUUUAAUAUGUAGCAUCCAUAAAUGUAAAUACAAUGUGAAUUAAACCUGUGAAUCUGGUGGGACCCAGCUAACCUUUUAACAUGUUUAAUUAUGUCUGUACGUGUUUCUGUAAAUGUCUGUGUACUGUUUUAUUUUCUUUGUUUUCUUUGUCAACAAAAAUAAAUAUGUAGUAAAUAAAAAUGAGUUUUAUUGUUA